GACGUUUCUGCAAUAAAAAAAAAACGAUUAUAAAAGAAUUUCUCCAUUAUAGCAACACUGAAUUGGCGGGAUUUUGAAAAAUAUGUGGAACAGUUGAUUAGAGUCAUUGAUAAUGAUAAGAUAACGGCUACACUCAGAGAUAAACAAUGUACACGGAUUUACAAGUUUAGUCAUGAAGUUAAUGUUUGUGUGAAAAAUGGAAGAAUCUCGUGUUAAUCAGCGUCAGAGUCGGGUUGAAGAUUUACAUUUGGACAGGGUGAUCGCGUCGCAACCAGAGAUCGGACCAACUCCACCCGACGGUGGUUACGGCUGGCUCAUUGUUGUUUCAGCUGCUAUCUACAAUGUCACAGCUCCUUCAGUGCUUAUGCUUUACGGCUUCAUAAUACUCAAGUCUUUGCGUGAAGAGGAUCAUGAGGAAGGCGAAUCGUUGCGUAUUUGGGAUUUGGAUGUGGCCUUGGUUCCCGUCAUUAUGACUGUGAUAAGACUCCUUCUGGAGUCAUGGUGCAGGGCAGUGGUCAAGAUAUUCAACAUGCCGAGGUUUACCGCACUGUCGGGUCUCUGUUUGAGCGUAGCUGGUGUUUUGUUGUCCAGCUACUCUACGAGUGUCUCAAGUAAUGAUCACAUCGUGAGUGUGUUCGCUGGAAUAUUCGUUGGAACUGGAUCUGCUCUCACGGGACAGCAGUCAGAUGUUAUCAUAACCCACUACUUCAGGGAGAAGCUCACUUUGGCGCAAAGGAUAACCAAAGUCGCGCCAUGUCUUGGCAAUGUUGUUGUGCCACUCAUCGUUGGAUACCUAUGCACUGUUUACAGUAGCGACGUAGUAGUCAUGAUCUAUGGCGCUAUCCUGAUGCAGAACUGUUUCUUCCUCGCAGCAUUCACACGGCCGGUGUAUAUCGAAAGAGUCAUCAGAACCACGUAUAAUAUGCUUAGAGAUGCUGUAGAAGAUGACGAUGAAGAUAUAUUUUCCAAUCAAAAUUCUAACACAAACGAACAAAAUACACCUAAUAUAGCACCAAAUCAGGAGACAGAAGAUGCCAACGACGUGGUUGUCUUCAAUUCCCGACAAAAUGCACGGGAGGUAUUGGAUCCAGAUGUAGAAAGGAGGGAGAGUGAUAGGCAGGCCCGAUUUUCGUCAGAUUUCAGUACGAUGUACGAUGGUUCUGCUUCUAAUCGGUUUUCAUCCGACUUUGGGAGUUUGCAAAUAGGCAGCUACAGUAACAUUAGCGGUUAUCAAGAGUUGGCAAGCAUAGACAGAGAUGGGCAGAACCCUCAACCUUUAUAUCGAGAGACCACUGUUGAUGCUCCGCCGAGUAGUUUAGUAUUUACGUCUGAAAUGACUCUAGGAUCAGCAAGACGAACGGCUUCGUUGAAAAAGAACUUCAUAACAGUGGUCAAUAUGCUGCAAGAUAUAAAUUUCUAUUUAUACACGCUAAUACACCUGUGUACGACGUACAGCGGUCUCGUGUUGUGUGUAGUUUUCCCACCGUUGAUGUGGGAAGAAAAUACAUCUAUGAACAUUUGGUCGAUAGCCUCGUUUACGUCGCUCUCCCAUGGCGCAUCGCUCUGCUUCGUCUUUCUCUGUAUUUUCAUGCCGAAUAAUAUCAAUGAGAAAACCAAGCUAUGUGCGUUCUUCUGUGUAUGUGGAGCCAUUGGAUUUUAUGGAAUUACACUGUUCUCAAACAAGAACUACCUGGUCGUGUGGUGCAUGUUCGCCAGCCUAUCCACAGCGACCUGCACGAUCCUCCAGCAGUCGUUGUACAACAGUACGGUCAACGAGUUCGACUCGACUGCGACCGUGACCACAGCCAACACGAUUGUUGCAGCCACGGUCAUGUUGUGGGCGGUCUGCUUCAACUAUACCUACAAGACAUGUUUCUUUCUGGCCAGUUUGCUGCAAACCUUCACCGCGUUUGUGUUCUUACUCGCUUCGUUUCGGAGAAGGCGAUAAAUUGUUGCAGUGAAUAUUGUAAAUUUAACCGUGUAAACUUUAAACGGUGUGUGUACAAACUUUGAGGUGACCACACAUUAGCAGUUCGCCAGCCUAUGUCUGAUCAAGUGUAAUGUAAUUAUUUAUAUAGUUAUGAAGACAGUGAAAACUGUAAUACUCCUGGAAUACGGUCCUUAAGUUUCUUUUGAGGUAUAUUAAGAUUGACAGAUAAACGAACUAAGUAUGUGUGAUGCAUCUGCUAGGUGGCCCUACAUAGACAGGUGUGUGACAGGCCUAAAACCAGUUUUCGAGUUUGCUGGCAGGCAUUAUUAUACCUAAUGUAUAGUCGUUGUAGACCCAAGCCUGGCUGUCUGAUAAAACUAUGGACUGUAAGCAAAUCGUCAAUGUUUGGUCAACUUAAAAAGUAAUAUAGUGCAACAGAUUUCUUCUGUUGGUUUACUCAUUUAAUAAAGGAUUCUGCACUUUUUAUGGGGAUCAAGCAAAUGGAAAUUUAACUUUCCGAAACGCCCAUCUGAGGCAUACCACGGCGCGGAGUACUUGCCGAUUUCGAAAGGUUAAAACGCCCAUGGACAUCUGCAAUACCAGAGGACAAGAGAUGAGUUGCCGGCCUUAGAAAUGAGAGUAUGCUCCGAACUUGAAUAUUCCUGAGCCGAUUAGCUACCGGAAAAUUGCAAUCGUUAUAUGGUUCCACAAAGUAAUUCGAACUAUUCCUCCACUCCUGAUAUAUAUCAUAUCUCUUUACAGUAUAUACUGUCAAGAGGAUCGGAGGUGAAUUCAUCGUGCAUGAUUCGAGCUAGGAGCUAUUGAGGAGCCUAGAGAACGGAACGGAACACCUUUCUAGAAUGAUCUGCACUACACACAAAUCGCCAAAAUAUAGAACCACUCAGUGUUAAAAAAUAUGGAUACGAUUGUGGAAAAUGAACUUUCGGUGUAAGAUUAUAGGAUUCAAAUUAGAUUGUUGACAAACUUUAUCUUCCAAACAAAUAAGUAAAGAGAUGUUUCUUUAUUUAAAUAUUAACACAUUUUCAUUUUUCUGUUCAAAACUCGACCUCUUUUAAGGUAUAAUUAUCUGCCGUAAAUUUUAUUUUUCUUUUUGACGUAAAAUGUUGGCAAUACAUUUGGUGGUUUGAAUAUUGCUAUGUUUAUGACGUUGUGACCAUGAUUUAACUACUUUCGAUGACGUUAUCUAUUUGGUCGCUUUCGGUGAAUCGAUAAUGUAUAUGAAUAACGAUGGGUGUUGCCCUGUUUUUGAAUAUAAUGGGUGUUACUCUUGACGCUGACUGUACAUACUUAUAUCAUUUGCUAUAGGUACGAAAAAUUAUAUGAUGGUGUAAGCAUCUUGGUGACAGUGAUAGAAAUGAAAAUACCAAAUAUAAUUCAAUUAAAUGUGGUACGGAUGAUAAAUCUACUUAUUACAUGAAAUUUAAUAUUUGUAUUUCUUAAUAUCUACAUUUAUUUGAAUUAAAUUAGACCGAAAUAAUAAUAGUUACCUAUGUAA